AUGGUGGUGGGUCUUCCUGAUUCUAUCGGAAGGCUUAAGAAAGAGCGCUCUGCGGGGAGUAAUCUUCGCACUAUGAGUCCGCCCAUACAAAAGGCGGCUGGUGGCAAAAAACAUCGCCUCCGAGGGAAAGAGCGCCUCGCUCUUCCCGCCCCCGGGCCCCAACAGAACGAGUCAGCCCGUCUCGGCUCUGCUGGGGAGGUCCCAAGGGACUCGCCACCCCUGACGGACCCCGAGACCCUCGCAAUGACGUUGUAUGCCGGUGCCCCUGCUGCUCGCAGAAAGGGAAAGCGCUCUGCCAAAGCGCCUACCCUAGAGGAGACGCCGCCAAAGAAACAACGUUCUGCCGAGUGCCUCGGCCAGGCUACUGAUGUUCUGCAGCAACCCUUGGACUUGCCCACUGGUUUUGAACCGAAAGUGGUCAUAGUCCUCCCACCCGAGCAUGACAACCAGCAACAGCUGGAAGUGCGAGGUCGGAAACGAAAAAACAGGAGAUCCGCUGCUGAGGCGAAGACACUCACCGAAUCGGACCAUCCACCCCCUCCAAAGAUUGUCUUUUUCGAUCCAGUGAUUAACGCGGCCGAACCGUCUUCGGAGCCAGAAAAGGCGUCUCAGAACCCCUUUGAUGGGUCGGGGACACACCUCGGAAAACUCGCCCCAGAUUUCCUGGGAUUCAAAGCGAGUGGUGAGGAGGGUGCUCUAGCGGUGAGUGGCGAAGGCCCUGUCACUAGCAACCGCCCUUUGGUGGCUGCACAGUGCACAGGCUGUAGCCACGUCUUUUGGGGGCAGAAGAUCCGCAAGAUACGCAAGCGGCAUCGAUGUUCUCCAGCUCGGAUCGACCCAGCCAAGCUAGCAGAAGUGCUACGGAUUGGCCCAGAACAAAAAACGCAAGGUAUUCCCCUUGCCUUGGAGGGAGAAAAGGCUACCCCAAAAGCAGCUCCGCAAGCCGAAGCUGGGCCAGAGGAGGUUCUUGAGGACAGCUCCCAGCAACACCCACCCGAUGGGGCCGCUGGACAAGGAGCAAUCCCCACCCCUCCAGCCGACCACCCGUCACAACCUUCUGACGCUGGGCCCGACGUGGACAUGGGGACCCUGCUUGUCAACGAGCGGAACGACAGCCAGCCGUACAGCGAGCCCCUCCCAGAUACCCAAGAUCGGGAGGCCUUCGACCGCCUCUAUAACAUGAUGGUUACUCUCACCGAGAAGGUUCAGACUAUGUCUGACCAGAUCGAGGAGAUGCGCCGGUCUAGUUCAGGCGGCGAGAGGGAGGUGGCUAAGCCAGCCUCGGGGAAGGCAGGAGCUUCUCCUAACAAUCCUGUAGCUAGCAAGGCCUCCUCGGCUGCGCAACGUCCGUCCCCUGCCCCCACAGGAGGAUCAGACGCGGGUCAAAAGACCAAGGGCAAAAAGCCGAGACAGAAGAAGAAGAAGAAGAGGCCCAAGUCCCAGGCCUCUUCGACACCGGCCGCUCCGACCGGCUCUUCGACUCCCUCGGCUGCGAAAACAUCUGCUACGCCGCCCGCUCCUGCUGCGAACCGAAAGUCACCUGGCACAGUACCCUCCCAGGCGCCCUCGCCCACUCCAAAGUCGACCUCCACCGCCAAGAAGCAGAAGGCGGGAGGCAACAAGAAGCCGGACCAUCGUCCAAAGGGUCGGGAGGCGUGGGGCGAGCUCGGACUCCGCGACAAAUCUCAGGCAAUGACGCGGAAGACGGGGACAGCCAAGCCGCAGCUUUUUGCCGAGUCGAGCUCAGAGGAUGCCUCGGCGUCAAACAAGGCUUCCAAAGACUCUACCGCAGCGCCCACGAAGUCUGACUCUAGCGCUAUCAGCCACGGCGGCCAAGCAAAGCGCCCCAAAGGUCACCGGUGCACUUUUUUCUCCAGACUUUUCCGGAGCCAAGGAGCAGUCAGAAAGCAUGCCGGCCGAAAGAACGGGUGCGCGGCAUGGGACGCGCAACGGGAGGAGCAGCUCCGAGAUAGAAAGCGGGCGGCCACCCCUCCUCCGGAGGGUUCCACUGCGGAAGCGGAGAGGGCGGACCAUUGGGCGGACUACUGGGCUAACUUCGAGGCACAAGACUGGUCACCUAUUAUCGGGGAGGAGGCAGCCAUGCUGCCAACACUCCGCAAGGUGCCAUUCAAAUGCCGCGGGCUGGCUGCUGCUUGUCUCCGUCCAAUCCUCGAGAAGCUCUGGCAAGAUAAAGACCACAAGACGGCAGGGACUCUGCUGGGGAUCUUCCCGCAGCUGUGUCUGUCAUCGGCCGCGCUCACGAACAACUCUCCCCACUGGAAGCAGGUGCGGGAGCUGCUUGUCUGGUGGAGUCGGGGCGACUGGGCUAAGUUAAACCUCCGAGCCUUGGCGGCUAUCAACAAGAUGAAAAGCCGAAUACGGGAGAACAAAGCUCGGGUGGACGACAACUACGGCUCUGCGGAGACACUGGCUCGAUCACGGCGCUGCAUUAAGUUCGGAGAGCAGGCUGAACUCUCCCGAGCGUCGGAGGCGCUGAUUGCUGCAGCCCUGGCCCCCACAACGGAUGAGACUCGAAAGAGUCUUGAGGAGAAGCACCCCUGCCCCACAGCGCCUUUCACGGCAGACGACGGCAGCUGCACCCUCCCUCACCCAGAGAAACCUACAAAAUGGGUCCUGAAGCUGGAUGUUCUUGCGCGGGCCCUUCGCGAGAGCCCACGCGGCUCUGCAGGUGGACCCACCGGCUGGCGCAUGGACUUCCUACGAGAACUUUUCACACAUCCGUGUGAUCUCAAGCUCCUGUGCGCAUGGCUUCAGGCGGUAGCAAGAGGAGAGGUGGGGCAAGGGGUGGCACAGUGGUGGACAGCGAGCUCACUAGUGGCUUUGGAGAAGCCGGGUGGUGGAGUACGCCCGAUCGCAGUGGGGGAGGUCUUUCCCCGUCUCCUGGCGCGGUGCUUCGCUGCGGACUACCAUGAUGCGAUCAUCCGACAUUUGAAGCCGAAGGGUCAGUUCGGGGCUGGUGCAAGGAACGGCGCGGAAACGGUCAUCCACGGAGUGCGGGCAGCUUUGAAGGCCAAUCCUACAUGGGGUGUCCUUCAGAUCGACGUUAAGAAUGCAUUCAAUUCGGUCUGCCGCCAGGCACUCUUCAAGGAGCUUGUUAAAGGCCCCUUUGUGGCAAUGACUCCAUUCCUGCGCACCCUCUAUGGGGGUCCUUCCCCACUCCUGUAUAGAGCUGGCGCGACCCGUCACACUCUUUGGUCGCGAACAGGAGUGAGGCAAGGGGACCCCCUGGGCCCAUUCCUCUACGCACUCGCUCAACAACCGGCCCUGGAAGCGGUGAAGGCGGCACAUCGAGACAUUUUCCUGUGCAGCUAUGCUGACGACACCUACCUGUUGGGAGAGUUGGAUGCGAUUGGCGCGGCGUUUCCGACCCUGUGCGAGAAGCUGCGCGAGAUUGACCUGGAGGUCUCACAGAAGAAAUGCCAGUGGUAUGCGCCGAGUGGCAAUCGGCCAUCUGCUGACAACCCUCUCCGCGAGAUGACCGAGGCUAAGGAGGGCCUCGUGGUGGUGGGUUCCCCGGUCGGCAGCAAGUCUUUUGCGGAGGCAGCGGUCUUGGCCAAACUGGAGCCGGGACACACGAUCCUGAGCAGAUUGCCGAGGAUAAACCACGCUCAAAUGGCUUCUCGGAUUUUGGCGGGUUCGAUCUCGGCGCGGACCAACUUCUUGUGCCGCACUACGCCGCCGACUAAGGACUUUCGGCAGACGUUGUCAUUCUGGGACGGGUCCGUGUUAUGCUGUUUCGCCGAUACCCUACAAGACGACAGCCUUCUUACACCCGGGAAGGUCAACAAGGCGGCGCAGACUCAGAUCACUCUUCCGGAGUGGAUGGGCGGCUUCGGGGUCCAAUCAGCCGAGCGGUCGGCUGAUCUGGCGUACGUGGUCAGCCUUCUCAGCGUAGCUGGGACCCUGAAGUCGUUCUUCCAGGUGGGCGGGAAGAGCAUCAUCGGGAACCAUGACGGAGAUGAGCCCUUCCCGCCCAUCUUCGAGGAGGCAGAGUCGGCGCAGAACAGACUACCAGGAAAGGUCCGCAAGAAGCUGCCCACGUGGAAGACGCAUGGACACGAGAUGAGGUAA